AUGGCUCCCCAGCUCGACGGCUUCUUCAAGCAGGUCGACAGCUCUGCUGAUGACUUCAUCGAGCGUCUGCGAAAGGCCGUUGCCAUUCCCUCCAUCUCUGCCGAAGAUGCCCGCCGCCCAGAUGUCGUCCGCAUGGGAGAGUUCCUUGCCGAUGAGCUGAAGAGCCUUGGUGCCUCCGUCGAGCUUCGACCAUUGGGCAAGCAGCCCGGCAAGGAGCACCUGGACCUCCCCCCCGUUGUGCUCGCACGAUACGGCAGCGACAAGAGCAAGCGAACCAUCUUGGUCUAUGGCCACUACGAUGUCCAGCCUGCUGAGAAGAGUGACGGCUGGGCUACCGACCCCUUUGACCUCACUGUCGACGAGAAGGGCCGUAUGUUUGGUCGUGGAUCCACCGAUGAUAAGGGCCCUGUCCUGGGCUGGCUCAAUGCCAUCGAGGCCCACCAGAAGGCGGGUGUUGACUUCCCUGUCAACCUGCUGAUGUGCUUCGAGGGUAUGGAAGAGUACGGCUCUGAGGGUCUCGAUGACCUCAUCAAGGAGGAGGCUAAGAAGUACUUCGCCGAUGCCGAGGCCGUCUGCAUUUCAGACAACUACUGGCUGGGCACCGAGAAGCCUUGCCUGACCUACGGUCUGCGUGGGUGCAACUAUUACUCAGUGGAGGUCUCCGGCCCUGGUGCCGACCUGCACAGUGGAGUCUUUGGCGGCACCGCCCAAGAGCCCAUGACUGACCUCGUCAGAGUUCUGGGGUCUUUGGUUGAUACUGACGGCAAGAUCCAGAUCCCCGGGAUCAUGGAGCAGGUUGCCCCUGUUACUGCCGACGAGGAGGGUCUUUAUGACGGCAUUUCCUUCACCAUGGAGACUUUGCACGAGUCGCUGGGUAGCACGACGACCAUCUUCGAGGACAAGAAGUCAACUCUGAUGGGCCGAUGGCGAUACCCGUCUCUGUCCCUCCACGGCAUCGAGGGUGCUUUCUCCGCCCCUGGGGCCAAGACUGUUAUCCCUGCCAAGGUCAUUGGAAAGUUCUCUAUCCGAACUGUUCCUGACAUGGACAUUGACACCACCAACGCUUGCGUUUACAAGUUUGUCGAGGAGCAGUUUGCCAAGUUGAAGAGCAAGAACACCAUGAAGGUGUACGCUCAGCACACCGGAAAGUGGUGGGUAGCCUCGCCUAAGCACUGGAACUUCAGCGCCGCGGCUAGGGCUGUUGAGCGCGUGUGGGGCGUCGAGCCCGACUUCACUCGUGAGGGUGGAAGUAUCCCCGUCACUCUGACCUUUGAGGAGGCCACUGGCAAGAACGUCCUAUUGCUACCCAUGGGUAGCUCCACAGACGGGGCACACUCCAUUAACGAGAAGUUGGACAAGCGCAACUACAUUGAGGGUAUCAAGUUGCUAGGAGCGUACCUCCACUAUGUUGCGGAGGAGCCCCAGACCUAA